CCUGAGUAACAAUCUCUCACUAACCAAAGGCAGCACGGUGGCUCGGUGGGUAGCACUGUCGCCUUACAGCAAGAAGGUCCUGGGUUCGGUCCCCAGGUGGAGCGGUCCUGUGGGUUUCCUCCAGGAGCUCCGGUUUCCUCCCACAGUACAAAGACGUGCAAAUGAGGCAAUGUUGAGGCCCACUUGGCCCAGAUGUUUAGGUCCGGGAGUUUUAACAUGGAGAACCUGGAGACGUUCCUCUUCUUCAUCAUCGUCGCAGCCUUCACAGUCGCUCAGGUCUCAAUCAGAAAAGGCAAAACGGAAAAAGAAAAGGGAAACGGCUAUACUCAGCAGUGAUGUUGAAAACACUGGGGUGAAAUGGUCAGUAAAAGAAAAAGUAACCUACUCUGCUCCUACCCUGCCUGGAGAAAAGAAAGACACCACCGUGCCCCUUCCGCAGUCCUACAGCUCAGAAUAUGUGGAGUCGUGCUGGUAUCAGUGGUGGGAGAAGCAGGGAUUCUUCAGUCCGGAGAAGCAUAGUGAACUGGAACAGGCUGUUGAUAAAUACUUCUCCCUCUGUAUCCCGCCACCCAACGUGACUGGCACCCUGCACCUCGGCCACGCCCUAACGGUGGCAAUAGAAGACGCCCUGGCCCGCUGGCGACGGAUGCAGGGCUACAAGGUGCUGUGGGUGCCCGGCUGUGACCACGCAGGGAUUGCGACACAGUCUGUGGUGGAGAGGAAGCUGUUAAGGGAACAGAGAAAGCAUCGGCGGGAUUACAGCCGGGAGGAAUUUCUACAGGAGGUCUGGAGAUGGAAAAAUGAAAAAGGAGACGAAAUUUACAAUCAGCUGAAGAAACUCGGGGCUUCGCUGGACUGGACCCGAGCCUGUUUCACUAUGGAUCCGGGUUUCAGUAACGCCGUGACGGAAGCGUUCGUCAGGAUGUGCGAUUCAGGUCUGAUCUAUCGCUCGGAGAGUCUGAUCAACUGGAGCUGCGCGCUGGAAUCUGCCAUCUCGGAUAUAGAGGUGGACUGGAAGCAGCUCUCUGGUCGGACUCUUCUCCCUGUUCCUGGCUACGAGCGAAAAGUGGAAUUCGGGACCAUGUUUACGUUCGCGUACCCGCUCGAGGGACAGCACGGAGAGGUCGCUGUGUCGACCACUCGUCCCGAGACCAUGCUGGGUGACGUGGCCGUGGCGGUGCAUCCCGAUGAUCCUCGGUAUCAGGACGUCCACGGGAAGCAGUGCAGACACCCGUUUACAGACAGACUCUUACCUGUCAUCACAGACACCAUGGUGGACAUGCAGCUGGGAACAGGAGCUGUGAAGCUGACCCCGGCUCAUGAUCACACCGACUUCCUGCUCUCUCAGAGACACUCGCUGCCUCGCCUCACCGUGAUCGCGGGAGACGGGACCAUGACGUCGCUCUGUGGCCGCUGGCUCGAGGGAGUGAAGCGGUUCGACGCCAGGGAGCGGGUGGUCGGCGCACUGAUGGAGAGGAAGUUGUUCAGAGAAAAACGAGAUCAUGCCAUGUCGUUACCUGUUUGCAGUCGGUCUGGGGACGUGGUUGAACCCUUGCUGAAGAAACAGUGGUUCGUCCGCUGUGAGAAAAUGGCGCAAAAGGCGAUCGAAGCUGUAGAUGAAGGAAAGCUGGAAAUAAUUCCUCACUUCUACACCAAAACGUGGAAGAAUUGGCUCUCCAACAUCAGCGAUUGGUGCAUUUCUAGACAACUGUGGUGGGGUCAUCAGAUUCCUGCGUAUCGAGUGACGUUACCAGACUCUGACGCCACACAGGAGGAGCAGUGGGUGUGGGGUCGUAGUGAAACCGAGGCCAGGGAGAGAGCUGCUGCCAAAUUCGGAGUGAACCCUAAUGCCAUAAUCCUGACUCAGGAUCCAGAUGUUUUGGACACGUGGUUCUCUUCGGGUCUUUUUCCUUUCGCCAUGCUCGGAUGGCCUCAGCAGACAGACGACUUGAAGCGGUUCUAUCCCAAUAGCAUCCUGGAGACAGGAAAUGACCUCAUCUUCUUUUGGGUUGCCCGGAUGGUGAUGCUAGGCACUGAACUGACCGGACAGCUGCCCUUCAAACAGGUGCUCUUUCACUCCCUGGUGAGGGAUAAGCACGGGCAGAAGAUGAGCAAGUCUUUGGGAAAUGUCAUCGACCCUCUGGAUGUGAUGUCGGGCGUGUCUCUGGAGAGGCUUGAGGAGAAAAUAAUGCAGAGAAAUCUGGAUCCACACGAAAAAGCAGUAGCUUUAGAAGCUCAGAAGAAGGAUUUCCCACAAGGUAUUCCUGAGUGUGGUACCGAUGCCCUGCGGUUUGCUCUCUGCUCCUACAAAGCUCAGGGUGAGGACAUCAGUCUGUCCGUGUCCCAGGUGCUGAGCUGUAGACAUUUCUGUAAUAAGAUGUGGCAGACGGUGCGCUUCACUCUGAGAGCUCUGCAGGAGACGGACGCCACACUCAUCCCACUCGCUGAGACUUUUCCCACGUCGAUAAUGGACCGGUGGAUCUGUUCGAGACUCCACAGUACCGUGCUUCAGUGUGAGGGAGGGUUCGAGAGCUACGAGCUCCACGCCGUCACGUCCGCUCUGCAUUCCUUCUGGCUUCACAACCUCUGUGAUGUCUAUCUGGAAUGCGUUAAACCGGUUCUGACACAAGGCACGAAACUAGAGAAGCAGAUUUCCACCUCCGUGUUGUACCACUGCGUGUCCGUCUCUCUCCGCCUGCUUUCCCCUUUCAUGCCCUUUCUCACCGAGGAGCUGUGGCAGAGACUGCAGCCCUACAGCUCGAACCCUAAAAAUACGACCCAGAGCGUCUGCCUGCAGCCGUACCCGCAGGCCUCUCAGCUGGUGCAUUGGUAUUUUUCUCAGGAAGAGGCCGAGUUCCUGCUGGUACAGGACGUGGUCCGGGUGGCGAGGUCGCUCAGGGCGCAGUGCCACAUGACCAAAGAGAAGCCAGCGAUGUGGGCGGUGUGCACAGCAGACCAGGCUCAAACCCUCCACAGCUUCAGUCAUGCUAUCUGCGUCCUGGGUCGGAUCUCUGACCUGCAUCUGCGCUGUCCUGACGGGGAGGCCACAUCUCUGCCGUUCCCUCCCGCACCAACUCCACCUGACGGGAGUCCUACAGGGGUGACCGACCACGCCGUCCGGUUACACCUCGAUGUACAGAACUCUACAAACAGUGAUAAACAGAUCGUCCUGCUCUCUCAGCGCAGAGAAAAGCUUCUCGUCAAGCUCCAGCAGUUCGUCUCUCGAACCAGAGUGCACAACUACACAGAGAAGGUUCCUGAACACAUCCAGCAAGAGACCGAGAAUAAGAUUGCAUCACUGGAGCAGGAACUAAAGAGCAUUGACCUCCAACUUUCAGCUCUGGAUCCUGUCAGAACAAACUCGGGUUAACUGAAAAAAACAGCACAGAAACGUGUUUAACUGCCUCUUCAGCAGGAAGUGAUGGGUCUGUUUGCUGUGCCAGGGUGAAAUAGGAGUUUUUAUUUGUUUUCAUUGUAUGUACGACAAAUGUUGAAAUAAAAUAUUAACCAUG